GCAUAACGAGAGGUCUCAUUCACGAGGCUGUGGGCUAGUGUGUGUGCAGACACUGCACAAACUCGGGUUGCAUCCCAGUGCACCACCAUGUGCACUUGCAGUCAGUAGACGUGAACUUGCAGACGUGAUCCUCUUCUGAAAGCUGCCAGAAAACUUGGCCAACAUAUUGGGCACACAGAGUCCUACAACCACCCUUAUCAUCCACCAAGCAGACUGCAGCCCUGACCUCCCAUCUACCUGUCUCGCAGCCCUCUCGAGCGGCUAAUCUUGGCGAUACACCGACUAUCACACUGUCCCGACAUUGAUUCAAGAAGCAGGACCUUAUCAGUACCCCCGGGGCCUUUGGACAAAGACUGGCUGUGGCUAGGAAGGGGGUGUGACAACCGGGAGUGAUUGGCGAGUGGCCUCAUCAACAGUUCUGCUUCAGUGACCGUGUGGUGUCACCCACGUGCCGCUCAACUCUCAGUCAUAUGGACUAAGUGUCUACACUGAUACACACUGGUCAAACCUACAGUGACUCAAUGUACAUCUAGAUCACAGCUCCAUCAUGUUGGGAUACAUUCUACUUCACCUCCUCAUCCUGGGUGUGCUUCAAGCAAGCACUGAACCGAUACAGCUUCCAUCUUUUGCAAAACUUCAAGCCAAUUAUCCCGGAUACUGGAAUUUCGGGGGACGCCUCCACAAUCAUCAUCUAUUGACGAUGAUCGGAACCCACAGCAAUCUUCUUCUACAUGACACAAGUGCCUUACGCCUGUCCUAUGCACUAAACAAAGUCAGUGGAGUUCACUCCCUUGGGAAAAAUAUCAUCCGUUUAUCCAAAUACGGAACGGACAGCGUUCCUGGUAAAGAUGGCUUGCAGUAUAUAUACCACCCAAUAGCAUAUGGACCUUUCAUGGCAGAUAAAUAUGGAUACCCAACUGUGUCAAAAUUACACCAAAUGGACCCUAUUGAUACAAAGAAGAAUUUUGGGAAACAGGGUAUUCUUCGAGUGAUAACAUACACGAAGAAGCUGAAUCGGCCAAAAGGUCAUGUUGCAUUAUGGGACUGUAACCAUUUCCACCAAUCAAAAGAUUGGAUUGCUGGGCAUAGUCUAAUCACUGUGGAAUUCUGGGAGUCACCAGAUUCCAACUGUACCAAUAUGGAGAGUAAGUUUUCGUCAGACUACCUUGGGAAGCCUGAACUGGCACCGCUGCCACCAAACUUCAAGACAUUAUUAAAGCACAAAUCGUGGAGAAAAAAGUUCAUCAAAAAGUUUUUCCUGGAGAAGACUAAAGAUGGAAAGGCUUAUUACUGGUGAACCUACAUUCCAACUGUGUUGAAAAAUCACGCUGCCAUUUUAAGACCUGAAUCUGCAAAGAUGGACAAUUUCUGGUCGCUAUUUAUAAAACCACAGCUAUGACGCCUUCAAAUCUUCCACAGACUGCGCCAACCAAAA